AUGGAUAACGAUAGAAGUAGAUCAAGAGAGAGAUCACCACACAACGGUAACAACAACGGUGGUGGUAGAUCUUCAAACUCACGUGAUCGUUCAAGAGAACGUUCUGGCGAGCGUUCACGUGACCGUGACCGUUCUCGUUCAGCCUCUGGAGGCGAUCGUGAUGACGCUUUGGCUGAAAGACGUAUCUAUGUCGGCAAGUUCUCAAGCCGUACUGGUGAAAAGGAUCUUGAAGAAACCUUUAAAAAGUUUGGAAAGAUCUUAAGUCUAGAUAUGAAAGCUGGUUUUGCUUUUGUUGAAUUUGACAAUGAAAAGAGCGCAAACCAAGCCAUUGACGAGAUGGAUGGCAAGGAGGUAGAUGGCGAGAAACUCAUUGUCCAAAAGUCACAUGGUGGUAGAAAGAGAUCAUCUGAUGAAUGCUAUUUGUGCCGUGGUCGUGGUCACUGGGCCCGUAACUGUCCAAGAGGAGAUAGAGAUAGAGAUAAUAGAGGUGGAGGUAGAGGAGGAGGAAGAGACAAUGACAGAACUCGUGACAUUAAAUGUUACAACUGCAAUGGAUACGGACAUAUUGCACGUGACUGUCGUUCGUCCUCUCGUAGAGGCGGUGACUCUUAUCACCCAUAUCGUCGUAGAUCCCCAAGCAGAGAUCGUAACAGACGUUCUGAUCGUGAUAGAAGCAGAAGCAGAAGCGGAGGAAGACGUGAGCGUGACAGAAGCAGAAGUAGAAGUGGAGGACGUGCUAGACGUGAUCGUGACAGAAGUAGAAGCAGAAGUGGAGGUAGACGUGAGCGUGACAGAAGUAGAAGUAGAAGUGGAGGUAGACGUGAGCGUGAUAGAACUCCAACCAAAUAUUCACCAAGAAGAGAAACUAAUGGUGAGAAUGGUAGAGUAAGUCCACGUUAA